AUGGAAUCCCUUGAUGGAGACCAUGCAGCAAAACUGCUUCAAGCUCAAAGCCACAUAUGGAAUCAUAUUUUUAACUUCAUAAACUCAAUGUCCCUUAAAUGUAUUAUUGAUUUAGGCAUUCCAGAUAUCAUGCACAACUAUGGCCAACCCAUGCCACUCUCAAACCUAAUUGCUUCACUCCCAAUCCACGCAUCAAAAACCCACUUCAUCCAUCGCUUGAUGAGAAUCUUGACCCAUUCUGGCUUCUUCUCUCAACAUAAUGUCACUGAGAAUGAGCUAGAAGUGGAGUAUGUGUUAACUGCUGCAUCUACACUAUUGGUUAAGAACCAUCCCAUGAGUGUCACACCUUUCGUGCUUUCCAUGCUUGAUCCCAUUUUGACACAGACAUGGAAUCAAUUACCUUCUUGGUUCCAAAAUGAUGAUCCUACACCAUUUGAAACGGCAUAUGGUACAUCAUUUUGGGAUCGUCUUGGCCGGGAGCCAAGACUUAAUACCCAAUUCAAUGAUGGCAUGGCAAGUGAUGCCAGAUUGGUGAGUGGUUUGGUGAUUGAGAAGUGCAAAUGGGUGUUCGCGGGAUUGGAGUCAUUGGUUGAUGUUGGGGGAGGCACAGGAACUAUGGCAAAGGCCAUUGCCAAAUCAUUCCCACAGAUGGAAUGCAUUGUAUUUGAUCUCCCACAUGUUGUUGCUGACUUGCAAGGAAGUGAGAACCUAAAAUAUGUUGGAGGGAACAUGUUUGAGGCAAUUACUCCAGCUGAUGCCGUUUUGUUGAAGUGGAUUUUGCAUGACUGGAACGAUGAGGAGUGUGUAGACAUAUUGAAGAAAUGCAAGGAGGCAAUCGCGAGGAAAGGAAAAAAAGGGAAGGUGAUUAUCAUAGACAUGGUGAUUGAGAAUGAAAAGAGAGACUAUGAAUCAGUUGAAACGCAACUCUUCUUUGAUAUGCUGAUGAUGGUACUGGUCCGUGGAAAAGAGAGAAGCAAGAAAGACUGGGUCAAGUUGAUUACUUCAGCUGGUUUUAGUGACUGCAAGAUAACUCCAAUGUUUGGAUUAAGGUCUCUCAUAGAGAUCUAUCCAUAG